CCCGCGCCCAGGCUCCGCCCCGUUUCUUAAGUGGCCCUGAUAGUAACUUGCAGUUGGCGAGCACAUGCAGAGGGUCCGGGCCAGCCUGCCGCUCGCUCGCUGCGUCCUGCUGCGCCGUCCUACCUGCCCGGACUGCACCUUGUCACUGCCUGGGCUGCCUUCCACCCGCUGGGAAAUCAGAAGAGUUGUGUUCUCUAACACCAAAGAGGAGAUUUGACUUUCUGGGGUAGUUCCAAGAGACUGAAGUGUGAAGAAGAGACAUUCUCAGAAAAAUAAGACAUGACCAAAGGCAAUGGGGAAGAGCCCAGGAUGGGAGGCAGGAUGGAAAGAUUCCAGCAAGGAGUCCGCAAACGCACACUUUUGGCUAAGAAGAAAGUGCAGAACAUCACAAAGGAGGAUGUUAAAAGUUACCUGUUUCGGAAUGCUUUUGUGCUGCUUACUGUCACCGCUGUCAUUGUGGGAACAAUCCUUGGAUUUACCCUCCGACCAUAUAGAAUGAGCUACCGGGAAGUCAAGUACUUCUCCUUUCCUGGGGAGCUUUUGAUGAGGAUGUUACAGAUGCUGGUCUUACCACUUAUCAUCUCCAGUCUUGUCACAGGAAUGGCGGCCCUAGAUAGUAAGGCAUCAGGAAAGAUGGGGAUGCGAGCUGUAGUCUAUUACAUGACUACCACCAUCAUUGCUGUGGUGAUUGGCAUAAUCAUUGUCAUCAUCAUCCAUCCUGGGAAGGGCACAAAGGAAAACAUGUACAGAGAAGGCAAAAUUGUCCAAGUGACUGCUGCAGAUGCCUUCCUCGACUUAAUCAGGAACAUGUUCCCUCCAAAUCUGGUGGAAGCCUGCUUUAAACAGUUUAAAACCAAUUAUGAGAAGAGAAGCUUCCGAGUGCCCAUCCAGUCCAAUGAGACCCUGCUAGGUGCCGUGAUAAACAAUGUGUCAGAGGCCAUGGAGACGCUCACGCGGAUCACAGAGGAGAUGGUUCCAGUUCCGGGAUCUGUGAAUGGGGUCAACGCCUUGGGACUGGUUGUCUUUUCCAUGUGCUUCGGUUUUGUGAUUGGAAACAUGAAGGAACAAGGGCAAGCCCUGCGAGAGUUCUUCGAUUCUCUUAACGAAGCCAUCAUGAGAUUGGUUGCAGUGAUAAUGUGGUAUGCCCCUCUAGGUAUCCUCUUCCUGAUUGCAGGGAAAAUUGUCGAGAUGGAAGACAUGGGUGUGAUUGGAGGGCAGCUUGCCAUGUACACGGUGACGGUCAUUGUGGGACUCUUCAUUCAUGCAGUCAUUGUGCUACCUCUCCUCUACUUCCUGGUAACCAGGAAGAACCCUUGGGUCUUCAUUGGAGGUUUGCUACAAGCACUCAUCACAGCUCUGGGGACCUCUUCAAGUUCUGCCACUUUACCCAUCACCUUCAAGUGCCUGGAGGAGAACAACGGUGUGGACAAACGUGUCACCAGAUUUGUGCUCCCUGUGGGGGCCACCAUUAACAUGGAUGGAACAGCCCUCUAUGAGGCUUUGGCUGCCAUUUUCAUCGCUCAAGUUAACAACUUCGACCUGAACUUUGGACAGAUUAUUACAAUCAGCAUCACAGCUACGGCUGCAAGCAUAGGGGCAGCUGGGAUUCCUCAGGCGGGCCUGGUCACCAUGGUCAUCGUGCUGACCUCUGUGGGCCUGCCCACUGACGACAUCACACUCAUCAUCGCGGUGGACUGGUUCCUGGACCGCCUCCGAACCACAACCAACGUCCUGGGUGACUCCCUGGGAGCCGGCAUUGUUGAGCACUUGUCACGACAUGAACUGAAGAACAGAGAUGUAGAAAUGGGUAACUCAGUGAUUGAAGAGAAUGAAAUGAAGAAACCAUACCAGCUGGUUGCCCAGGACAAUGAAACUGAGAAACCUCUAGACAGUGAGACCAAGAUGUAGACUAACACAAGAGAUGCUUUCGCGAGCACCAAGAGUUUGAAAUCAUCAUGACAUGUGUCCAUCUGGUUAGGCUCAUUCUUCCAGUGAGCCCCUUCCCUCCUCAUUUCUCCCUGCUCUGAUAGGAUUGGAAGGCAUUCACCCAAAAGAAGGGAGGAUUUUGUGGCAGCCAAACUAUCAUUUUCACCCCACAUUUGCAAUGUGAAGAUCAUCUCCUAUUAGUCUUAUCUAAUAAGAUAGUAGGAUCAAAAAUUAUCUUGAUCAGGUCUGACAAAUUUAUGUGGCUCAGAAUCCCACAAAUGUGACUGUUUUACAAGUUAAAGAACCUAACAAAUAGGCUAAAAUAUUUUCAGUCCACUUUCAAGUUACACAUUCAAAUUACACAAAUCCUUCAGAACAUUAGUCUCAAAACAUAGCAACUCAAUGACAGUCAGCUGUCAGUUGGACAGUAGAAGAAUUUUCUUUCCCUUUCUCUUCUGAUUUGUGUCUUCAUUUUCUUGGGAGCAGGAAAAUGUCCAGACGCAUCCCCCACAUUUGAGAAGGGACAGCAGGUGAAAUGUCCAUGUGGCUUUGCGCAAGUACCAUCUGCUCUCUAGGCCUCAGUGUCUUCAUCUGUACAAUGAAUGACUUCCCUAGUUGCCUUUCUGGUCUUACUAGCCCAGUCUUCCUGUGAUAUCACAAAAGAGCCUGCCCCCAAUUUCUGCAUGGAAUAACCUGCACCAAGUGUCAGUCGAUGGAGUACAGGGCUCUGAGAAAGAACAUCUAAUGAAAGUGAACAUUUCUGUAUUGGGACAGGGUGGUGAGUGGCUUGCCAGUUCCUGUAUUUGAAACGUCAGUUACGCAAGUAAUCCAGUAGAAGGCCAUUCCAGGAAAGGGAUUAAUCAUACAGCUCUUUGCCCAUUUAUUUCCAACAGGAGAAGUAUUCCCUUCUUUCCUCCUCUCCCCAACCUGAAGGGAAGGAUGUCUCCUGCCACUCAACUGACAGAAGAUCUUUAGAAAAUGAACAGUAGUAACUAGCAAAGGUGCUCAUGGUCUUACUGGAACACUACAGAGCUAGAGAGAAAGGAAACAAACAUGAGUGGCAUUCAAGAGAGGAUUUAUAAUACCAAGAUUUAGGUCUUCCUUAAGGGAAAGUAAAAAAGAGCUUCAUUUAAGUCUUUUUCCCCCUUACCUGAAACACUUUUCAGUUUUGAAUCAUUCUCCUAAGAAACAUGCAUACAAAAAUAUUACUUCUUGCAUAUUUUGAAGAAGUCAAAUGAAUGCACUAACACAGGUCUAUGAACUGAGUUGGUGGUCUCUUAUCUGAAAAUAUUUUUUUUACUCUAAUCAGGUCUUAGAGAAACACAGUGCUUCCUUGUGUUGAAAUCCCACUUAUCAAAUUAUUUAAAACUUGUAGCCAGGGCAGGGUUUGCUUUAGUUUUGUCUGUGUGCCUAAGAGAUACAGUAGAAGACAAAUCAGUAGGGAGACAGUGUCAAUGGGGUUGCAAGGAGAGACAGCAGUGGCAUUAGUUUCCAGCAAGGCAGCUCCCAGAUUGAAAAGAAGUUUUUGUUGCCUCAAAGAAUAUCCAGUCAAGACUCUCAGCAGGAGCUGUCCGUGAUGGUACCAGCUGUGUUUGAGUUUCUGCCUGAAAAUGAGGAAGAAUGGACUUAAUUAUGCUAACAAACUGAAAAUCUAGACCUACACCCUGUUAUACAAUUAGAGACUUUUUUUGUAGAGAUCCUGAGCACUAUGUGCAUCUAAAAGUUAACCUUAGGCUGUGGUAGAGUAAACAUUUAAUUCCAAGACUCUAUUUGGGAAAUACGCUACAGAUUUAAUGUACAAGGCUGCCAUGACACUAUUAGAGCAACAAUUAACUGUGUCAAAAUAAUUCUGUUACAUGGCGUGAUGUUUUUAUACUAACCGUUUCUUAUGAAAGCAGGUCCUCUGGGGCGAUCCUCUGGCUGGCCUAUCCCAGGCUCUGCAUAUAUACGCGCCUAGUGUGGACCAAGAGGCGUUACUGUAUAGGUGUAUUUUCAAUAAAGAAGAAAAUAGUUUUACAUUAA